UAACCUUGCUUUCUGUUCUGUAGUUCCACUUCUGGCUAACUGCUCUUGUUAACUGAAGUAUAUCAACCCAGAACAUGGUUUUUGUGCAUAAGAGAAAGGCUUGGUGCUACACUGGUGCUACACUGGGAUCCCAAACACCUGGUGGAGUCCUUGGCCGCUAAUAAAGACUUUCUGUUGGCUUAAAACCAUGUUCAAGCAGUCUUCUCUGGUGGACACCCCACAACAUUUCUGGAGGUUCCACCAAGAUCCCCAGAGACCAGACCUUGAGACACCAGGGGUCUCAGCCCCUUGGAGCAAGAAAGAGUGCAGUGGCCAAGGAGCUCCUAGGGAGUGCACAACCUGAGUUCUAGGCCCCCAGGAGUCUCUGUGGUCAAUCCCUGCCUAACACUUCAGAGGAGUCUGACACCUCCACCUCCAAAGGAGACAAAUUAGAAAGUCGCCCGGUCUGUCACUUCUGGAGCCAAUGAUCCAUAUGAUUGGAAAACUCAAAUCCACCAUUCACUGAAAAAGAGAAGAAGAACUGCCCUCAGGCUGGUGGGGGUGGAAUCAAGGCAGCCUGGACAGAACGAUUUUCCCUUCUGUCCAACACUGACCAGGGAGUCCUUUUCGGAAGAUUAAAUACAGCCACUGAAAAUAUUUCCUUUGUCACCCGGUGGGCCCCAGAUAUUAGAAAAGAGCUAUAAGAGUUAAAAAAGUAAAAGGUCUAAGUAGGUUCCAGUUGCUGGAGGUAGCUUAAAUGGUGUUUAACAGCAGAGAACUGAUUAGGGCAAGACCUUUUGCCUAACACCAUCACCUCCUCUGAUGAUGGCAUGCAGUUAGACUUACAGAUACCCAGCAACAUUUGGUGCCUUGCCCUCUGUUGAAAGCAUAUCUCCUUUCUGAAAGUCCUAAGGCACUAGAUGCUGACCUCCUGCCCUUCCAUCAGAGGUUUCCUGGGAAAACAGAUUAUAAAAAGGCCACUGAGGGACUGCUGCAAGAGUUACAGACCCUGGGCUAUAAAAUGUCAGCUAAGAAAGCCCAACGUUGUACAUCAGAGGCUGCCUUACCAGCUGAGAGGAGGCAAAGGGGGCCUGUCUCAGAGCAGGAUUGCUGCCAUCCUUCAGACCCCGACUCCAAAGACUUAAGAGGCAGGUUUGAGAGUUACUAGUGCAGCAGGAUAUUGCUGCCUCUGGAUACCAGAGUUUGUAGACUAGUAAGGCCUCUAUACACCAGCACAAAGUAGAGCACCAAGCCCCUCCUGGGCCGAGACUAAACAAAAGGCAUUUGAGGCUUUAAAAGCAGCUCUGACUUGAUCUUCAGCCCCAGCACUUCCAGAUGCCUCAAAACCUUUUCAUCUGUUUGUCCACGAAAGAAAACACAUUACAAAAGUAGUUUUAACCCAAACUUUGGGACUGUGGAAACAUCCUGUGACGUAUCUCCCUGUAGCCACAGGAUGGCCCACUUAUCUAAGAACUGUGGGGGCUACUGCUAGUCUAAUGAAAAAAUAAAACAAAAAAACAAGUUAACUCUGGGUCAAGAUCUUAUAGACACCAUGCCAUUGAGGCCCUCCUCUGGGGAACACCAGAACACUGCCUGUGUGACCCAGUACCAGGCCCUCCUCCUGAACCACGCUUUGAGUCCAGUUUGAGAAACGUACCACAAUCAGUCCUGCUGUCCUCUUGCCUGAAGAUGACCUACAAGUGCUCAUCCAUGACUGUCAUGAGAUGGAAGAUGAGAUCAGGUACAUGGGAGCCACAGUAGCUACUUUAACUGAAACUAUUGGGGCCCAAGCCAGGGACCUGAGCCUAGAGCUCAGAACUGAUUGAUCUGACCCAGGCUUUCAGGAGGGAAAAAGGAGAGUCCACCACCAUACAUACACACAGUCAUCAUGCUUUUAUUACUGUACAUGUCCACACUAUGAUCAAUAGAGAAAGAGGACUGGGGGAAAGGACAUUAAAAACAAAGAGAAAAUACUUGUCCUUCUAGAGGCUAUUUGGCUUUCUCCACAUAUUGCUAUCCUCCACUGGUCCACUUCAAGGACAUCAAAAAGAUGAUUUCCCUGAGGCAAGAGGUAACAGGGCAACUGACAUGGCCGCCUGACAAAAGGCCCUAAGACCAGUGGGGCCUAUUGAUAUUCUGAUGACAUACCCCAACCUGGUGCAGCCUGAGACUCCAUGGUACAACCAAGAGGAAGGAAUGGACAGCUUGAACCCACAGGUUGGUGAAGGAUGCUGAAGAGAAAGAUCAUUCUCCUAAAAAUGACUGGAAGGACUCUGGGAACUGACCUUCACUAGGCUGCUCAUCUGGGGUCCACAAAACCUUCUGAGUGGCUCAGACCAAGAAAGAAGGGUAAAUUGCUUCAACUACAAGAACUUACCAGCUGACCUUUGCCUACCGGUAUUCUGAAACCAAAGGGACUCAGACUCAGAAGACAGCGGUGAAAUGGUGCAGGAAAGAGUUCUGAAAAAAAAAAUCCCUCUCUUGGAACAGGUGACUGUCGGUGGAGUUUCUGUGCUGUCUUCUUCCUUUGAACUCAAGAAGGAGGGGCCAUAGUGAGCGUGACUCUUCCCUUCUCCAGGGGCUCACCUACGAACCCCAGGCCUCAUUCUUGAUGGUUUUCACUGCGCCUAGGGGCGACAGGUGUCUCCCAGGCCUUUCUGCUCACGGGGGAUGUGGCAAGGCUGAACUCACCUUUACGUUAGAGCUGUGCUUCUUUCUGCCUUUUCUCUGGGAAGCAACAAGAGAGACUCUCGCUCUGCGGCAUGGACCAAAGAGAAAUUCUGCAGCAGUUACUGAGUGAGGCCCAGAAAAAGAAAAUUAACAAGGAGGAGUUUGCCAAUGAGUUUCUGAAGCUGAAAAGGCAAUCUACCAAGUACAAGGCAGACAAAACCUACCCUACAACUGUGGCCCAGAAGCCUAAGAAUAUCAAGAAAAACAGAUACAAGGAUAUUUUGCCCUAUGACCAUAGCCUGGUAGAGCUGAACCUGAUAACUUCUGAUGAGGAUUCCAGCUAUAUCAAUGCCAGCUUUAUUAAGGGUGUCUAUGGACCCAGGGCUUAUAUUGCCACCCAGGGUCCUUUAUCUACAACUGUCCUGGACUUCUGGAGGAUGAUUUGGGAAUAUCGUGUCUUGGUCAUUGUCAUGGCGUGUAUGGAGUUUGAAAUGGGAAAGAAAAAGUGUGAACGCUAUUGGGCUGAGCCAGGAGAGACACAGCUGCAGUUUGGCCCUUUUUCUAUAUUCUGUGAAGCUGAGAAAAAGAAAUCUGAUUAUAUAAUCAGGACUCUGAAAGCCAAGUUCAAUAAUAAAACUAGAAUUAUUUACCAGUUUCAUUAUAAGAAUUGGCCAGACCACGAUGUGCCUUCAUCUAUAGACCCCAUCCUUGAGCUCAUCUGGGAUAUACGUUGUUACCAAGAAGACGACUGUGUUCCCAUAUGCGUUCAUUGCAGCGCUGGCUGCGGGAGGACGGGCGUCAUCUGUGCCGUUGAUUACACGCGGAUGCUGCUGAAAGAUGGGAUAGUUCCUGAGAACUUCAGCGUUUUUAGUUUGAUCCAGGAAAUGCGAACACAGAGGCCUUCACUAGUUCAAACUCAGGAACAAUACGAACUGGUCUAUAGUGCUGUGUUAGAACUAUUUAAAAGGCAUAUGGAUAUUAUUGGAGAUGAACACUCUGGAAGAGAGAUUGAAGCAGAAUUUUCAAUUCCUGAACAAAAUCUCACUGUACAAGCUGACUCUUGUCCUCCGUACUUACCAAAAAACGCCAUGAAAGAUGUGAAAACGACAGAGCAGCCGAGCAAAGCAAGGGUGGAAGUGGACGGCGCAGACGCGGCUCCCUUUGAUAGGACUUCUGAAAUAAGUGCCAAGGAAGAGUUCGUUUUGCGUCCGGCUAAAUCAAGCCCUUCUUUUGAGUUUUUGGAGCUAAACUGCGGGUGUAACAACAAGGUUGUCAUAGCCAGGGAAGGGCAGGCAAAGGCCUCUCCAGUCCUGGGAGAGCCCCUUCAGAAAUACCAGAGUCUGGAUUUCGGUUCCAUUUUGCACGGGUCAUGUCCUGGUGCUCCGCCUAGCACCACAGCAGGCAGGUGCAGCAAUUCCAAGGGGCCGGUGAUACGGACCAAAUCAACUCCCUUUGAAUGGAUUCAGCGGAGAAAAACAAGCGACUUGGACACGGAAGACGGUUCUUCAUUCUUGGAAUCUCAACUGCAUGCGCCUUGUCUCAUGGAGCCGCAGGCACAAAGAGUGGUCCACGUUUCUUCCGAGGAACUGAAUUACUCACUGCCACGUGCCUCUGAGCACCCAGCACGCGAUGACCCUUGUGUACUGCAGCGCGGCCCCAACACUUUUAGAGUGCAUUCUUGCACGUCGUUAGUAGAAGAUCCCUAUUUCCCAUCGUCACCCCCAAACAGUGCUGAUUCUAAGAUGUCUUUUGAUCUGCCUGAGAAGCAAGACGGAGCCACUUGUCCUUGUGGUCUGCUGCCAGCCUCUUCCACAACCUCCCUUUCCUACUGCAACUCCCGCGAUUCUUUAAUGGCGAGCCCUGUGAGCAGUUUCCCCCCACUGUUAAACCAAGAGACAGCCACAGAAGUGACUUCUCCAAGGAUAGAUGACGAAAUUCCCCCUCCACUCCCUGAACGGACACCCGAGUCUUUUAUUGUGGCUGAGGAAGCUGAUCUACAGCAGGAUGGUUCCCCUCCACCUCCACUCCCAGAAAGAACUCCGGAGUCCUUCCUUCUUGCUGAUGAAGACUGUUUACAGGCCCAACCCAUAGAAUCUUACUCUACUAGCUAUCCUGAAACCAUGGAGAACUCAACAUCUUCUAAACAAACAUUGAAGACCCCUGGAAAAAGUUUCACAAGGAGUAAAAGUUUAAAGAUUUUCCGAAAUAUGAAAAAAAGUGUUUGCAAUUCUUCCCCGCCAAGCAAGCCUGCAGAAUGUGUUCAGCCAAAAAAUUCCAGCUCCUUUCUGAAUUUUGGUUUUGGAAAUCGUUUUUCAAAAUCCAAAGGACCAAGGAACCCACCAUCAACUUGGAAUUUAUAAGAACACUGGCUGCAGAUGUGCCUGUAAAUAAAACUACUGGAAUACUGCUAUAAUAAUAAUAAUAAUAAUAUCAAUAAUGAUGUAUAUUGUGUCAAUAGCUCUCAAAAGGAAAGCUAUCUGUGAAAAACUUCAACAACCUUGUAUUUUCAUAUUCUUUACAUUUAGUUGGGAAUUACCAAUAAAGUUUGUAACUUGA